UAAUUCACCAUUAGGUCAGUUCUGGUCGUAAGAAUUAACCCCGGUCGAUCUCGACAACUCCCUUCACCUUUCUUCAUCUGGAACUCUCUUGUCCCUCUCGUCAUCCCCUCUUCUACCUUCCUACGUUCCAAUCUCUCUCCAUCGCGAUGGCCAGCGUCCGGUCCCUCGCUCCCUUGCUGGUGCUGCUUCUCCUCCUUGCGCCGUUGCUGGCGGCGUCUGCGGAGGAGGGAGAGAACAAGUCGUCAUCCCUGGGAGGCCUCUUCUGGGCCACCGGCAAGGACGAGAGCGAUCUGCUCCCCGUGGUGGACUCCGACGACCCCUCCGCGGUGGAGAGCGAGAAUGAUGAGUUCGCCGGGGGAUUCUCCUCCCUCGACGGCAUGCUGGAGUGGGCCAUCGGUCAUUCUGAUCCAGUAAAAUUGAAGGAAAAAGCAAAUGAUAUUCAAAAAUUAUCUGCAGAGGAGCUGAAAAAGAGACAAUUAGAAAUCAAGGAAUUGAUGGAGAGAUUAAAGAUGCCAUCGGAUGCAGAGCUGAUGCAAACUGCAAUUAGUGAUUUGAAUAAUUCUUCUAUUUCUUUGGAAGAUCGGCAGCGUGCAUUGAAUGAGCUGUUGAUUCUUGUUGAGCCGAUCGAUAAUGCAAAUGAUCUCGACAAACUCGGCGGCCUUGUUGCAGUGAUUCAAGAACUUCAUCACUCUGAUCCAGAAAUACGGACCACUUCUGCCUGGAUUCUAGGAAAAGCUGGUCAGAAUAAUGCACUUGUCCAAAAUCAGAUCCUUGCAUAUGGAGCGCUGACAAAAUUGAUGAAGAUGGUGAACUCCAGUUUUACAGAAGAAGCCAUAAAGGCAUUAUAUGCCAUUUCAUCUUUGAUCAGAAAUAACAAAGUUGGUCAGAAAUUGUUUUAUUCAGAGGAUGGAAAUAUAAUGCUUCAGGAUAUAAUGACCAACUCUAGCAUGGAUAUUCACCUUCAGAAGAAGGCUGUUUUCUUAGUUGCAGAUUUAGCAGACUUUCAAUUAGGAAAUGCAGAUAAUGCUGAACUUUCUUACCUUGGUGAUCGCCUCUUCUUAAAGGCUGUCAUUGAUUUAACAUCUGUACCUGACCUUGAUCUUCAGGAGAAGGCUUUGAUGGCUGUUAGGAGUCUACUCCAGCUUACCUCCACCAAGGCUUUAGAUUUCAAAGAUUUCUGCAGUCUAGAUGAAGUCUUGGAGAGAAUGAGGGAGCAUCUGGUUAAGUUGAUGUCACAGGAGGAACACGCAGAAUAUGCUAGGGACUUGGAGAGCCUCCGUAGAGAGGUUUACAUCAUAUUCCACAAAAAGGUCGAGCAGGUGACAUGGGUUCCAACAUGACAUGAAUCCUGGUUCUAGGUCUUAAUUUUGUAUUGAAACCAUCAGAGUGGAAAGUAGAAAGCAUUGUGAUGCUGCUAUAGUCCCUUCAGAAUUUUCUCCUCGGGUGCAGCUGCAGAAUUUUAUUGUUCUUGCCACGUUGGAAUCUGUAGCCCAUUCUUUUUCUGAGACGGGAAGAGGAGGAGCUUGGAAAAUUGGAAGUGUGAAAGGUAAUUAGUGGAUAAUUGGGGCAGUGAUCAGUUUUGUGUGAAAUAUCUUUUGGAGAGCUCAGCGCCCAUGAAAUCCUACUAGUUGUAGAAGCUGCCUGUUGUUAUAGAAACUUAACAAAUCCAAGUCACAAAUUCUUAUAUUUUCUCUUAAUCUUACUAUUGGAAAUAUUCUUGUCAGCUGCAUCUGUGCUCGGUUCAGCUUCUUGACCCCUAAACUGUUUGACUGGUGCCCCUCAAGAGUGGGAGAAAGGAGGGAAAUAGCAUCCGGAAUGUGUGCACAUACAUUGUACAUUUUUCCCCUUCUGCUUGUUAUUUCCGUACUAGUCUUACCUGUUGAUGUUGAAUGAGGGCUCUAAACAGAUUGGAUGAUGGCGUUCUAUAUCCUUAUCUUUAGUAAUUGGGUGAUACAAAUAUUAGUUGUAUGCUAAAAUUUAUGUUUUAAGUUUGGUCAUUGUUUCAAA